UUUCAGACCUCCUGAUCUUUCUCCGUUCUCAACAUGUCGCGGGACCUGUGUCGCGGGUCACGCGACGUCAUACUCCGUGAUUAUUCCGAGCGAGCGGGGUAAAACGCUUGUGUGAAGGGCAGGCCCCGGCGAGGACCAUGCGCCAAUCAUCUCUCCCCCUACUUCUGGUCUCCUUCGCUCUCGCUGUCGCGUCGGCGCCGACAUCUCAGUUGGUAGACUCAGAUUUGACGUUACUGUUUCAAAACGAUCUCGAUUGGCGGACCACAAGCGAACACGACAGCUUCAUCCUCCUCACGCCGCGUACACAUACUCAGGCUUCCACGGCAUGCGCGCAGCUCAACGAGAGCCUGACGCCUACGAAUGGGACCUUCUUUUCCUCAGAUGUCCCAGCGCUGUUAUCAUACGUGGCCUACUCCCAAAAGAAAUCGACGGCACAGAAGUAUUGGGUCGCAGGCUCCGGUUCCUCCUGCACGACGAUCAGCCCGGCGGGUCUACAAACGACUCCCUGCUCCCAGAAGUUACCCGUUUUGUGCAAGAACUCGGCGCCAAACAGGAUCUUAGGGCAAACCGAUCUCAGCAGCACUUGGCAAGUGAACGUGAACGCAGGGGACUUGUCAAUAACCGGCACACGGGACCACGUGUCGUUUCGUUUCCUGGGCAUCCCGUUCGCGAAUCCGACGCAACGCUGGACAUAUUCAUCCCUGUACACCGGUCCGUCGGAGAUCACAGCCCUCGAAAUGGGCUCUCCGUGCGCCCAAAACGGAGGUACUGGCGCUGAAGACUGUCUCUCCCUCAAUGUAUUCACGCCUUUCAUUCCGGCAAAGCCGAAUCACUCCUCCACCGCUUUGAAGCCGGUCAUGUUCUGGAUCCACGGAGGAGCGUUCACGGGCGGGGCGGCGCCCACCUCUGACAACGAUGGGGGAAGCUUGGCAAGUCGUGGAGAUGUCGUGCUGGUCUCUGUGAACUACAGGCAAAAGUACAUCUCAGCUUUCGGCGGAGACCCCAGCCGGAUCACCAUCUUCGGGCAAAGCGCCGGGGCGGGUGCAGUCCGCGCCCUGCUGGGAUCUCCGCCGGCGUUCGGCCUGUUCUCGGGUGCCAUCGCGCAGAGCAACCUGGCAGGCUUUGCAUACGCGAAAACGUAUUCGGAGUACUACACGAUCAAGGAGGAAGUGGCUGCAGCGGCAUCGGCUUUCGUCUCCGAGAUGGGAUGUGCGAACGCGACGGCGAACGCGACUCUGACUUGUUUGCGGGGUGUCAGCUGGCAGACCCUGCAGAACGCUCCGGAUUCCCCCAGAUAUCUCGUCGUGGAUGGGCAUUACCUCGUCCGUGACAGGCUCUCCGUCGAUGGGAAGGGCCCGAUCGCACCGAAUGUGCAUGUCAUGUUUGGCUGGAUGGCCGACGACGGCACUGACUUUGCGGGCGGAUAUCCUGGUCCAGGAGAAUCUCAGCUGUCAUCUGUCGAAGCUAUCGGUCUGCCGGCAAACACCAGCUCAGCCAUUCUUGCCUCGGGGCAAUUUCCGACAUACACGUCCGGCAACGCGACGCUCGACGUGCUGAACGUCACGAGCAGGAUCGCCACAGACGGUGAAUUCAGCUGUCUUGACCAAGCAACAUUGCACUCAGCUGCACUGCACAAGGUGUUCGAGUCGGUCUGGGCAUAUCAGUUCGAUAGAAGCUAUAUGGGCUACGAGCCUAUUCCCGGUGUGUGCGAUCCACCCGGCACGGCCGCUCACCCCUUUGGGGACCCGUCUCUCCCCUACUUCAAAUGUCAUUCGGGUGAGCUGUAUUUCGUGUUCGGCAACAUCGGCCAAUCGACGCCCGGGUUCCCCUUCCGUGACGCAUUCGAUCUGCCAUUCGAGCAGCUCGCGCUGGACAGCUGGGCAUCUUUCGCUCGGACGCAUGACCCGAAUCCAGACCCUGCGUUCCUCGACGCCAGGUCGUUUGCCGGGACGAAGAACGCUCUGGCUCAAUGGGGCAGUUGGCUUCCCGUGCAGAGCGCAAAGCCCGUCAGGAUCCUGGAUUGGCCGAGUCGGAGCAGUGCGUGGCUGGAACAGAAGCAGUGCGCAGUCUUGGGCUUCCCGUUGGAUUAUUAUGAGUAGUUGGAUGUUGUGUUUCGCGUGCUUAUCGCGCGGCUCUUCUCAAAAGCGCCUAUCAAUGAAUGGCGCGUGUCGUUCUCAUGCUUGUGGCUCCAAGCUUCGAACCUGCGCGGGAACUAUACUCUCGUAAGUUCAUAUGAAUGUCCGUUCUGCUGA